AUGUUUCAGGCCGGACUCUGCACUAACUACAGCCCGUCCUUGAGAGUCCAGUGCGGGGAUGUGCCCUGUGGUGUCCCCGGACCUCCGGACGCAGAGAGGACCAUGUGGAGGACCAUGUGGACUCCGGAGCACAGACCGCAAUCUGACUCCAGCAGGAUGUCUUCAUCUGCCACUAAGGCGAUGACCAGGCGGCUCAGACAGCAGAGGAUACAGAGCACACUUCUGUUACACUUGCAUUUACUGGCCAACCCUGGAGACUCCCUGCUCCUGCAGCAGACCCUGGACCAGCUGCUGCGCUGGCUCUGUCCCAGCCUCUGCGUCUUCCAUGUGUCAGAGAGGGCAUCUCCGUACAGAACUUAUACUCCACUGUGUCCUGUGGCCGGCUAUCCAUCCGUGGCCAUCACCUUCUUCCUUCAUGAAGCUUACGGAGAAGAGCGAAUCCUCAAGGUCCUUGACUUCCUGCAGCACCCUCCAUGGCAGUAUCACCACACAGAGAGCUGUGGCAGUCGCACAGGAGGGGUCCACAUCACCUCCUGCAGCUCCCCAAACAACCCCUCGCUCAGACCCUACCUGCUGCCUAGUAGAGACUUCUACAGCCUGGGUGCUGGCAUGCCUGUGUGGGGGGUGCGCCCAGUGCACUGUGGAGGAGAGAUCCUGCGUGUCACACUGUACAGUGGAUAUGAUAACUAUGAGGACUCUGUGAGGCUCUAUGAGACUGUACUUCAGCGACAAGCUGAGGAACAAAAGGCAGGCUUCUGCUGGUUCACUCUUCACACAGAACCAGGGCUGAACCUGCAGCUAGCGAUAAAGCAGUUGUCACCAGGCGUUCGAGUUGAGCCAUGCAACUCUGCUGUGCUUCAAUUUAAUGUGGAGGAAAUUGGACAGUUAGUUCCUCUGCUACCUAAUCCAUGCACUCCCAUCAGCUCAACACGCUGGCAAACCGAAGACCUGGAUGGAAACAAAGUGCUCUUUCAGGUAAAAACCCUGGUCCAGCCUCAGCAACCUCUGACCUGUGCUUUCCCUCUGAGCGGCUCUGCGGUGUCUCCUCGAGGCCUGCAGCCCAACCGUGUGUCUCCGAGCAGGUUCUCCUGGGACGCUCUCAGACCAGCUGGACACAGAGCUCGAGAUGGUGAUGGAAAAGCGGACAGUUUUGGAUCAGGAAGUGGCUGCAGUAGUCCCCCUGGGAGCUCCUGUUACUCGUCCCAGCGCAGCAGUCCUGCACCGGCGUCCUUGUCCCAUCAGACAGAGUCCCCUCUGCGACCCCACUUCACACGCUCUAUGUCCCACCUGCUCCUGGAGGAGGACGAGGAGGAGACAAACGUGGACACAGGACAUCAGGUCUCUCCUCUGUGUGACAGUGGUCCCAUAGCGAUCAGACGCUCUUCCUCUGUAGACCUGCUGAUGGGAGUGGACUCAGCCAGGCCGGCUGUGGUGGGAGCCACAGCAGUGGAAGUGUUGGCAAAGGAGCUGAGUGAGUGUCUGCAUACAGGACACAGUCCCAGAUCCAAUGGGACCAACAAGACUAGCCCUGAGAACUCCAAACUGCUCUUUCUAAAAACAAACAGUGAAGAAAGCAUGGAUGAGUUCUACAUAUGA